AACUGCUUUUUCGCCCGAGGAAGUACCAGCCUCCCAAAACCACCCGAGGGCGGAAAAAUUAAUUUUUUUCCCCUUUGUUUAAUCUAAAAAUUGCCGCAACUCCGAUUCCAUGCGUAAAUUAUUGAAAAAAAGAAAAAAGAAAACGGUUGGCAAAGUUGCAACUACAGUUAAGUAUUGUUUUGUGUAGGGGCGUACAUUUUUUUUGAGGUCAAUUUUCAAAAAACUUUUUAUUUUCUUUUUUGUUUUAUUUGUAAUUUGUAGCCCAGCUCAGCUCCAAUACGGGAUGGACGGACGGAAUCACGGACGACGGACGGCGAACAACAAGACUGAAGAACGAGAGAUGCACGCGACUGCGCAACACUGAACACACCACUUAACCAAACCAUCACUUUAAUAUACGCAUGACGCAGAUGACGCUUUUAUGUCGACGGACUAUCCUUCAUUUCUGCACUUUUCUUCAGUAAAUAAAAAGUGUGUAAUUGUAUACAAACGUUCAUUUAUUCAUCAUUCCAUCCUCAAAGAUAGUGUUAGAUUUAAUAUUAUCAGUUAGUAGAAGUAUACACACUUGUUUUUGUGCAAGAGAUUGUUAUAAACUUUUUCUUUCAGUUGUAGUGCUGUAUACAUUUUUUACCCAAAACUAAUCGUAUUUUGGGUUACAUGUAUCUACAAAGUUUUUGUGACAUUGAUCUUCUGAAAUAUUGACUGAAUCAUUACAAAUGAAGAUUAUAUUUUGAGAGGUUAAGUAAAUGUGUAAAUAUUAAAACUGACCAAUACAAGGUGAACUUAGUAAGCUGAUCUUUAUAUUGUUGAUGUAUAAAUGCAGACAAACUUGCCGAUUUACGUGUAUUUUGAGAAAGGAAAGUCACAUAUUUUGAAAACAAUGCCAACCGUUGAUUCAGACGUUGAAUACCGAGUUGAAUAUGUUAUGGACUCAGAACCUCAGGUGCAAAAGAAAAUUAAGAGAAGUCGUGAGGACAAAGCUUGGAGCGACUGGGAUGAGGUGCUCAUUGCAUCAGUACAAAAACAUCCUUGUAUUUGGAAUCACGAUACAUCUCCAAAAAUCCGGAGUUUUACUUCUCUGCAAGAAGCAUGGGAGGAUGUGGCGCAAGACCUGGAAGGCACCUUUGAUCCUGACACUGUAAAAAAAAGAUGGAGAAAUUUGAGAGAUUCUUAUAACAAAGCUCGUAAAAAAGCAUUAGCUUCCAUACCCAGUGAUUCUGAAGCAUCACACACUAAUCUAAAAAGUAGUUUUAGACAUUACGAAGUCAUGAGCUUCUUAACUGACACUCAGACUAAAAAUAAGUCAUCAAUUAUUGUACAAAGCCCAGCAAGUACAGUGGAUGAAAUGCCAAAUCUUUCUGGAACUAUUAGCUCUAGUGGCUCUUACCCAAACGAAAGUCGCAAAUUAAUCUCAGAAAAAACUCUGAGGGUCAAGCCAACAUCUAGUACUAUCAGCCAAAUGAGAGUGAAUGAACCAUGUACAGGACAAAAACGAAGUCAUCAGGAGCCUGAUUUUGCUGAAUUAAUCAGGGUGAUUGAGAAAACUAAUAAACAGAUAGAUGACAUUGAAGGUUUCUCUGUGCAUCUGACGGGAAUUAUGCGAAGGUUACCAUACAAGUCCCGAAGACGACUUGAGAUUGAUAUCAUGGAGUUAGCAAGCAAAGCAGAAGAAGAAGCUGGUUUAAUAUAGUUUUUUGAUUUUGAUACAAACUGUAAUAUCUAUUAUAACACAUUGUCACCUUGUUCUUCUCAGACGAUUACGUAAGUAGACAUGCACUAUGGGGGCACAAUCAAUCUACCAAGCACCAGAGUAAA